AUGGCGUCGGUGCCGCUGCAGUUCAACACCAUAGAUAUGGGACUAAAAGUCUGGGAGCAGGGUUUAACCUCUGGCGUAACCGAAGCCAGUUGGCAGUCGAUUCGCGACAGUGGUGUGUUACUGAAAGGACCAAUGACAACGCCUCAGGGUUCGGGCAUGAAGUCUCUCAAUGUCACCCUGCGGAAAAGUCUGGGUCUGUUUGCCAACGUUCGUCCGGUUCGCUCUUAUACCCCCUAUGUGGCUUCCCACCAUCCGGACGUUGAUCUGGUCAUUAUCAGGGAAAAUGAAGAAGACCUUUAUGCCGGUAUAGAGCAUCGUCAGACCCAGGAUGUGGUUCAGUGUUUGAAGCUGGUCUCGCGGCCGGGGUGUGAACGUAUUGUGCGUUAUGCCUUCGAGUUUGUGAUGACUCGCAAACGCAAGCGCCUGACCUGUAUGACCAAAGACAACAUCAUGAAACUGACGGAUGGCCUGUUCCACGAAGUCUUUGAUGAGGUGGCGAAAGAAUACCCGGAGGUGCAGGCGGAUCACAUGAUUGUCGAUAUCGGUAUGGCGCGGGUCGCCAGUGAUCCAGCAUCAUUUGACGUCAUUGUUACACCUAACCUCUACGGCGAUAUCCUCUCCGAUAUUGCCGCAGAGGUGGCGGGUUCCGUAGGCAUGGCGCCGUCGGCCAACAUUGGAGAGUCGAUCAGUAUCUUUGAGGCGAUACACGGUUCAGCGCCGGAUAUUGCCGGGCAGAAUAUUGCCAAUCCCUCAGGUCUGCUGAUUUCUGCGGUGAAGAUGUUGGCACACCUUGGGCUGGGUGAUUAUGCAGAGCUUAUUCACAAUGCGUGGCUGUGCACUAUCGAAGAGGGUAUUCACACAAAAGAUGUUUAUCAGGGAGGUAAAGGUUAUCAGUGUGUCGGCACUGACGAGUUUGCUUCGGCGGUGAUUGAACGUCUGGGCUCAACUGAAGCCACAGACAUUGGCCGAUCAGAUUAA